GAGCAGUCAGAGGCCAAGGAAGAGAACAUGAUGAUGGACCUUUUUGAAACUGGCUCCUAUUUCUUCUACUUAGAUGGAGAAAAUGUGACUCUGCAGCCAUUAGAAGUGGCCGAGGGCUCUCCUUUGUAUCCAGGGAGUGAUGGUACCCUGUCCCCCUGCCAGGACCAACUGCCCCAGGAAGCCGGGAGCGAAAGCAGUGGAGAGGAACAUGUCCUGGCGCCCCCGGGCCUGCAACCUUCCCACUGCCCGGGUCAGUGUCUGAUCUGGGCUUGCAAGACUUGCAAGAGAAAAUCUGCCCCCACAGAUCGGCGGAAAGCUGCCACCCUGCGCGAAAGGAGGAGGCUAAAGAAAAUCAACGAGGCCUUUGAGGCCCUGAAGCGUCGGACUGUGGCCAACCCCAACCAGAGGCUGCCCAAGGUAGAGAUUCUGCGGAGCGCCAUCAGCUACAUUGAACGUCUGCAAGACUUGCUGCACCGGCUGGAUCAGCAAGAGAAGAUGCAGGAGCUGGGGGUGGACCCCUACAGCUACAGACCCAAGCAAGAAAUUCUUGAGGGUGCGGAUUUCCUGCGCACCUGCAGCCCCCAGUGGCCAAGUGUUUCGGAUCAUUCCAGGGGGCUCGUGAUAACUACUAAGGAAGGUGGAGCAAGCGUGGAUGCCUCGGCCACCAGCAGCCUUCAGUGCCUUUCUUCCAUAGUGGACAGCAUUUCCUCGGAGGAACGCAAACUCCCCAGUGUGGAGGAGGUGGUGGAGAAGUAAUUUGGGACAUUCUUCACUCAACAGGAAGACCUCUCAUGGACUAAUCAUUUAGGUUAGGGCUCACGGACCCCAGAGUUUAUGAAAGCUUAUGAGACACACUCACAAAGAACCCCUUAGCCACCUCAACUGAAAGACCUUUGCCCUUGGGAUUUUAAUAUGAUUAUUAUACGAUUAUUAUUAUUUGGAACCGCUAGUGGCUUAGCUCUAGAACCCUAAUUUUGUUUUUAAUUUGGUUGGUUUUUAUAGCAUCUUAACUUUUAUUAUAGUCACGUGACCCUUUGGUGUCAGUUGCAGAUAAAGUUCAUUCCUGUCUAAAUCCAAGUGGGGACGUUUAAUCCGAAUGGUGUUUAAUGUACUUUUGUAAAUAGUACUUUCGUUUUUAUGUAAAUCUAAUAUUUACUAUAUUUUAAAUGUGGAAUUAAGCAUUGUCUAUAAACUGUGUGAAGAUCCUGGUAUUGUAAUAUUAAAAUAUUAAUACGUUUC